CCCCCUCAGUCACUCAUUUAGACUAUCAGAAAUCAUACAGUGUACCAUGUCUCGUCCAAAAGAAUAUUGCUGCUGCUGCGUUCCUCUAGGCUUUGGAGUCAUCAUUAUCUGCCUCCUUGCAUUAGUUCAUGGCAUUUUCAACCUUGUGACCACCCAACAGGGAGAACCCAUUUCACUCACGUCUAAUGUCCUUGCAUUGAUAUCUGGUGGUCUCUUCUUGCUGCUUGGACUGGGUGGUGGUUAUUGCGCUCUCUCCAAGUCCUACAAGCGAGUCAAGGCUUUUUCAAUACUCUGGUGGAUAGCGACUGCUGUCAUUACAGCAUUUAAUAUCGUGGACUUUUCUCUGGUAUCCCGACAUAAAGAAGAUAUCAAAUUGGCUUGCCAAAAGGAAUUAGGGGAUAUAACUUAUUCUACUUCUUUGCCGGAAGAUUGCUAUGGAGCUGUAACGACGAUGCUAGUCCUCUUUCUGGUCCUCGACAUGAUGCUCAUGUUGUUUUUCGGACACGCUAUCCACCUCUAUGCUAAUCAGCUCAAAGGCCCUGAUGAUAAUGUUAAUCAAGACCACCCCCUAUCUGAGAUUGAACCACAACAUAAAGUAGAGUUGCCUGAAUACAGGCCUUAAGAAGAAAUAUACCAAGAUAAAUGAAUAUAAUAUGACUAGAAUGUAA